AUGAAGCUCUUUUCCUUCAAUGCUAGAGGUGUGGGGAUAGUGCGAAGCGGCGCGCUAUUAGGGAGGGUUGUACCGGCAAUAAAUAGAGGGGGUGGCUUGCUGUGCUUGUGGAAUCCUAGUCUUUUUGCUCUGGAUGAGUGUGUGGUUGGUGCCGGCUUUCUGGGUCUUAUCGUCAGGUCGGAGGAUGAAAGAAGAGGUGUGGCGGGGGUGAGUAGUACACAAAGAAGAGAAAUGCAGGAGUUUAACUUGUUUAUUGCAGACCUGGAACUGUUGGAUCUGCCCCUGGCGGGGAGGAGGUUUACUUGGCGUAGACCCAAUAAUUCAGCUCGGAGCAGGAUUGAUAGGUUCUUGGUCACAAAUGAUUGGUGUUUGACAUGGCCUCACUGCUCACAACUAGCGCUGAAUAGAGAUGUAUCUGACCACUGUCCAAUCUUGCUGAGACAGUUUUUCCAGGAUUGGGGACCAAAGCCUUUCAAGGUUCUCAAUUGUUGGCUUUCAGAUGCGCGUCUUCCUGCUGUUGUUGAAAAGGCCUGGGCAGAAUCUCGAUUUCAUGGGUGGGGUGCCUUUGUGUUAAAAGAGAAGCUGAAGUACCUUAGAGGCAAGCUGAAAAUCUGGAAUAAAGAAGUGUUUGGUGAUCUGAAGUCAAGGAGAGAGGACGCUGUCAGAAAAAUAAAUCAGCUAGAUUUAAAGGAGGAGGAGAAAUCCCGGUCUAAGUGGAUUGCCGAGAGUGAUCAGAAUACAAAGUUCUUUCAUUCCACUAUUAAUUGGAAGAGGAGGUCAAACUCUAUUGUUGGUCUGCUGAUUGAUGGAGUGUGGGAGGAGGAACCUAGCAGAGAUAAUGCAGAUCUGGUUGCGCCUUUUGAUAAGGAAGAGGUUAGGUCCGCAGUGUGGGAGUGUGGGGGUGAUAAGAGCCCGGGACCUGAUGGAUUCAAUUUCAAAUUUAUCCAUAAGUUUUGGCAGGUGGUGGAGGGGGAUUUUUGUAAGGUGGUAAAUGAGUUUUGGCGCUGUGGUGCUUGGCCUACAGGGAGCAACGCUUCGUUCAUCGUCUUAAUUACAAAGUUUGCAUUUAUUGGGGGUAGGAACAUGUUGGAUAGUGUUGUAGUAGUGAAUGAGGUGGUUCAUGAGGCUAAAUCUAAGAAGCGACCAACAAUUAUUUUCAAGGUUGAUUACGAGAAGGCCUAUGAUUCAGUUCUUUGGGAUUUCUUGGAGUAUAUGAUGCGUAGAAUGAGGUUUAGUGAGAAGUGGAUUAGUUGGAUCUUGAGCUGCAUUGGAUCAGCCUCUGUCUCUGUUUUGGUGAGUGGCAGUCCUAGCGCAGAAUUCCGUAUGGAGAAGGGUCUUCGGCAAGGUGAUCCUCUUGCUCCGUUUCUGUUCCUUAUUGUUGUUGAAGGCUGA